UUUGAGUCUGGUUUACCGCGCGGACCGUGUCUUCGGCGCAGUGUAGAUUAUUCUGCUAAUAAUACGCGCGAUUAUUCAGCAAUUAUUUUAAUCAUAUAAAAUACCGUGUAAAUAUACCAUUUGACAGUGCAGUUUUAGCCUACGAAUUCAACUACAAGUGAAGGAGGCAUCAUGCAGGACGCCCAGUACUGCGACUUCUGCGGGGUCGUGGACGAGGCGUACGAGGAGCAGUCUGAGCUCGACCACGAGGACACGCCCAAGCACAUCUGCAACCGGAUCCUGCACCAGUACAAGCAUAAGAAGAAGGAGUUCAGCAGGAACAGGGAUGGCGUGAUCAUCACCGGGGCGGCGAACAGCCUCCCGCUGGCUGACUCCGACGCCAGGGUCAUCAGGGAACCGCCCACCGAUCACCAUAAAGUCAGGAUCUUUGCGAAACCCAACCAAACCGUGGAGUUCUUCUUUACGAUCACGAACGACAUGAAGAGCGAUGAUCUCCUAGUGAUUGGAAUCCAACUGGCUCACCCUCAACCGCAUUUUGUCAUGUGCGACCACGAGUUUGUAUUCGGACAGGAACCGCAUCUUUUGGAACCUAGGUCUACCAUCGAUACAAUAUCCGUUACUUUCAUUGGUGCGGACGUGGGGCAAUACGAGAUGCCCAUCAUGUUCACCUUCGUUAGGAAUAGUGACCGCAAGAGUCUCAUCUUCAUCAGGGAAAUGGUGGUUCUUGUGGCAACUGAACGACCGCAGAAGUUUAACUCCAAGAGUCCUUACUCCAACCUGGACUGGACUCACGCCGAGCGCUUCGUCGUGUCUACUGAUCAUGUACCGUAUAAUAACUUGUAUAAAAUCCCCAAGCUGCUUAAAAUUUUGCUGCCGGCUGGUUUGGACGAAGACGCCCUGGAGAAGAUUGAGGGCCAACUGGAACUCAAACUGCAAUUGAGGAAAGUGUUGGUGACUACUAGGGCUAUUUUUGAUGAAGGAAUAACCAAAGCCAACUAUAUGCUGUACUUCCAUCAUCUGCUUUGGUGGGAGGAAAUUAUUGCCAGGAUCAAUUUAAGGAAAUAUAACAUGACAGCUGUUACUCUGGAGAAAAAGGGCGAACUUUACUUGCUUGAAGUUCCCGGUCUGGCUGAGAACCGCCCUUCCCUACUACGUGGUGAUAAAGUGUACAUAAAACUGCAUGGUAACAACGAUAUUAUAUUCGAGAGCGUUAUAAAAGAUAUGGAAGAGAGUACAAUUCACAUUGGGAAUAUUGAUGAAAGUUUCAACGCCUACUUCACUCCAGAGACGCUAUUCGACAUUCGCUUCAUGAUGUCUCGAGUGCCGCACGAGCGAGCUCACGUGGCUGUGGCCAACGUGUUCGAGAAGAAACAGGACAGCAGGCUGUUCCCUGAGCCGAGGAAAAAGGACGUCAAGCUUAAACCGAUCUAUAAAUGGUACAACCCCCUGAUUAAGAACAACGAAGAGCAGCGCCUGGCCGUGCAGCACAUACUGUCGGGAACCUCCCGCCGCGCGCCCUACAUGGUGUACGGACCGCCUGGCACCGGCAAGACCAUGACUAUUGUUGAAGCUAUCAUACAGAUAGUCCUAUACAGCUCGAAGAACCGCGUGAUGGUGUGCACGGACUCCAACAUGGCCGCCGACCACAUCGCGCUCAUGCUGCUGAAAUAUAACAAAGAGCUUAACAUUAACAACUUCAUCCUGCGCGCUAACUCUCAGUCUAGGGUGUGGAGCGUGAUGCCCGCCGAACUGGCGCCUGUCUCCAACGGCACUAAGUACGAGAACUCGUACUCCGUCAGCAACUACGCGCUGUCUUCGUACCGCGUCGUCGUCACCACUCUGCUGCACGCUGCCAAAUAUGGAACUCCCCACGCGCAGGCUCAACAUAAGCUGCAGAUGUCCCACCUGUUCAUCGACGAGGCCGCACAGGCCUCUGAACCUGCGACUCUAGUGCCCAUCACGGGGCUGCUGGCGCCCGCAGGUUUCCUGGUGCUGGCCGGGGACCCCAUGCAGCUCGGGCCCGUGUGCAUCAGCCGAGACGCCAAGGACCGUGGAUUGGGUAAAUCGCUGAUGAACCGUCUGAAGACCGACUACGCGAAUCUAUACGAGUCCGACCCCAACUACAUCACCAUGUUGGUGAAGAACUUCCGCAACCACCCCGAUAUCCUGUCCCUGCCCAACAACAUGUUCUACGAUGACAACCUAGUGCCUCUAGCUCCAGAGGACCCGCUGAGCCGGCGCAGCAUCCUGGGGCUGCCGGGCGGCGAGCGCGCCGUCGUGUUCCACGCCGUCAACUCGCGCGAGCAGAGGAUGGGCAAGGCCCCGAGUUUCUUCAACGAAAAGGAGUUAGACAUGCUGAAGAGGUACACCAAAGCCUUGAUAGGACAGCACAACGUGAAGCCGGUGGACAUCGGUGUCAUCGCUCCGUACAUCAGACAGGUGUACAAGAUGAAGACAUGGCUCAUGAGCGUCGGCUACGACGAGAUCGACGUCGGCACCGUGGAAGCGUUCCAGGGGAAGGAGAAACGCGUCAUUCUCGUGUCGACCGUGCGCGCCAACUGCAGGCUUCUCGAUUACGACGCCAAAUACGGACUUGGCUUCCUGGUUGACGAUAAGAGAUUCAACGUAACCCUAACCCGAGCCAAAGCCAAGCUGGUGAUCAUCGGUAACCCGACGUGUCUCACCCGCGACAAGAAAUGGCGUCGCUACAUGAACCACUGCAAGGAACUCAACUGUUACUUCGGCCACGAGUGCGAGCAGCUCGAGCGGACCUCGAGGAUCCUCAAUGAGGUCGCGAUCACCAGGUUCAACAGGUGUCACAUAUCGGAGCAGUUGAAACCAAAGCCUAAAGACGAGAAAGACAAGAAGAAGUAAGAUUAAGGGGGAGUAGACUCCGGGAUAGUUAAGUGAGGGGGGAGGGGGGAGUAAAGUUAAAAAAAAUAUUCUAUGCUUUUAGUGACAAAAUUUGCAUUACUGUUGAAAAGUUACCGAUUGUUAUUAAUUAUUAGUUUAUUACACAGAUAGGAAGUACACACUUUUU